UAUUGAGACCAUCAAGCAGGACAAGAGCACGCACGUAACCUCGGCCAUUUUCUUGUCUGAAUCGUUGUCUCUUUCUAACAAUAUCCAUGACUCAUCCGAAACCCUAAUCGCAUCUUCAUGAAUUGUCACUACUUCACUUAUUCCUUGCAAGAACACAGACAUACUGCCAUCACCCGACCAAAGUAUAUAUGUUGAUCUCUCUCAAUAUUACAAGUAAAUAAACCAACUCUAGUACCACAUAAUGAGCAAUCUUGUUCAGAAAUCGUGUUUCACCAUCCUCUUCUUUCUCCUCAUGAUCAUCUCCAUCUCCACCCACGCCAAGAAACUCAGCCCAGACAAACCCUGCAAGAGACUCGUGCUCUACUACCACGACAUCUUAUUCAACGGCACCGAUCUGGCGAACGCCACAUCCGCCAAGAUCACCAACGACUCCGCCCUCGGCUCCCACUUCGGCAUGAUGGUGGUCUUCGACGACCCGGUGACGGCAGACCGCCGGUUACAUUCGCCCCCCGUCGCGCGAGCUCAAGGGUUCUAUUUCUACGACAAGAAAGACGCUUACAAUGCCUGGUUUGCUUACACUUUGGUGUUCAACUCCAGUGAGUACAAGGGGACUUUGAAUAUCAUGGGCGCUGACCCUCUGCUGGAGAAGACCCGCGACCUGUCGGUCGUCGGCGGCACCGGCGACUUCUUCAUGGCGAGGGGGAUCGCGACUUUCCGGACUGAUGAGGCGCAGGGGGAUUACUAUUUUCGGUUGGAGAUGGAUAUCAAGUUGUUUGAGUGUUAUAAUUAAGUAGUGACGGAGGGUUUUUUUUUAUUAGAAAUGAGUAAUGUUUAAGGACAUGAUAUUAUGUAAUAGUAUGUAUACCAUAUAUUGUUGAAUUUUAUAUUUUCAAUAUGUAUGCUAAAGUAUGUAAACAAUAAGUAUGU